AUGUCUACGGAAUUCACUCCAGUCCCUCUUGGGAUCCCAUGGAGAACAGACAUCCCCCUCCCAAAUGGUGGAGACUCUAAUCUCGAGAACCUUUCUGCCAGCUAUAACCCCGGUAACGUCGGCUGGGUCAUUGUUGCGACGGCAUUCGUGCUCUUGAUGAUUCCUGGUGUCGGGUUCUUCUACUCCGGUCUCGCCCGCCGAAAGUCGGCUCUUUCUUUGAUCUGGCUCUCUAUGAUGUCAGUCGCCGUGGUUUCCUUCCAAUGGUUCUUCUGGGGUUAUUCUUUGGCCUUCUCUCAAACUUCUGGAAGCUACAUUGGUGAUCUUAAUCACAUCGGAUUGCGGAACGUGCUUGCUGCACCACGCACUUUUAUUCCAGAUUUACUCUAUGCGGUUUACCAGGGCAUGUUUUCGGCUAUUACUGUCGCGCUUGCCAUUGGUGCUGCUGCUGAGCGCGGACGCAUGCUCCCCUGUAUUGUAUUUAUGGUCGUGUGGUCGACCAUAAUUUAUGACCCAAUUGCUUGCUGGACCUGGAACCCUACCGGAUGGUCUUACAAAAUGGGGGGGCUCGAUUUCGCCGGUGGUACUCCUGUCCACAUCUCCUCUGGCUCUGCUGCGCUGGCCUAUUCGUUGAUGUUGGGAAAACGUCGAGGACACGGUACUCACGAACUCAAUUAUCGCCCACACAAUGUUACUCACAUUGUUCUUGGCACGGUUUUCCUUUGGGUCGGAUGGUUCGGUUUCAAUGGCGGUUCUGCUUUGGGAGCCAAUCUUCGUGCUGUUAUGGCCUGCGUCGUCACCAAUCUCUCAGCUUCCGUUGGUGGUAUAACAUGGUGUCUACUCGACUAUCGCCUCGAACGAAAAUGGUCCACUGUUGGUUUCUGUUCCGGUGUUAUCGCAGGUCUCGUUGCUAUUACACCCGGUUCCGGCUAUUGUCCAGCUUGGUCGGCUGUCAUAUUUGGCAUCGUGGGUAGUGCCGCAUGCAACUAUGCAACCAAACUCAAGUUUGUCAUUGGUGUCGAUGACGCUUUGGAUAUCUUUGCCGUCCACGGUGUUGGUGGUCUCGUCGGGAAUGUUCUAACCGCUUUUUUUGCUACUCAUUAUGUUGCAAAUCUUGACGGGACCGACAACCCCCCACUUGGAUGGCUCGACCGUCACUGGAUUCAAAUAGGUUUUCAGCUCGCUGACUCGGUCGCCGGUUUUGCUUACUCGUUCUGCGGAACUUGUAUUAUUCUAUUCGUCAUGAACCUUGUUCCAGGGCUGUCGUUACGUGCCAGCGAAGAAGCUGAAGUGCUUGGUAUUGACGAUGCCGAGUUAGGAGAGUUCGCAUACGACUACGUUGAGCUGGUACGAGAGGUCGUGCCAGACACCGAAGGUAUUCACAAGCUGUCCUCAGAACUCCCUCCUCACCAUGGUCAUCACAUAGAAAAAUGA